AUCACACCCCUGUGCGUUGCCGACAGUCAUGCAGUUCGCGUCAGCCUUGGCCGGGGCGGUCACUCCAUGACGUCUAGGUCAAGGAAAAAGUUGACAGUGACUCGACGACAAGGACAAAGACGGCAGGUCGCACAAGCAGCAAGCAGCAAGCAAGCAACGUGGAAAGCGAGCUACAAGUCGAUCAUCAGGCCAAGUAGCCACGUCGUCCUGCUGCUACUCUUGCUGUCGUUGAAUCACCACAACAUCUCAUCUCUCAAAAGCACCGCGAUAACGCCUCCAACGCCAUCGCGCGCCAACACGUUUCCCCUCACAGCCAUGGUCACGGCCACAAAGUCGCACACCGCCUCGCACUCGCCCCUCCCCAUCAAGUCAUUCUACCUCCCCACCUCGUCGUCGGUGUUUGCGCGCAUCCUCGCCCUCCCCUCGCAGCUGCUCUUCGCCAUCAUGGGACUUGUCGGCCUCGCGCACUACGCGCGCCAGAUUGUGCGCGUCCGCCCGCGCAACCCCGCGCCGCUGGUGCGCUCUGCCGCUGCCGUCGCGGCCGCCAAGGAGACGAACGGCGGCGCCGAGCUCACCGUCGACCAGUGGGUUGAGGACAACGUCCCCAGCCUCAAGGGCACGUUCACGCCGUCGUGGUGGCUUCCAAACGGCCACCUCCAGACGCUGUGGAUUGUCGCGGCCGACUUCUCAAAGACGGAUCUCGUGAAGUACACGCGCACGAUGCUGCGCAUCCCCGACGGCGGGACUAUCGCCGUCGACAUCACACCAGAGAACCAUGAGGAGCUGCCUGCCGACGCGCCGACCGUCGUUGUGCUCCACGGCCUGACUGGCAAUUCGCAGGAGAGCUACGUGCGCAACGUGCUCGCAUGGGUCGUCAAGCCCGUGUCGGAGGGAGGUCUGGGCGGCCGUGGUGUCGUCGUCAACUCUAGAGGAUGCGGCGGCGACGUCCCCGUCACCACCCCGCAGCUGUACUCUGCCGCCGCGUCGUGCGAUAUCCACAACGUGGCGCACUACCUCCGCGACCGCUUCCCCCAGUCGGCGCUCCACGGAAUCGGGUUCAGCCUCGGCGCGUCCAUUCUGGCCCGGUACCUCGGCGAGCGGGGCUCGUCGUCGCUCCUCUCGUCGGGCUGCCUUCUCGGCUGCCCGUGGGACAUCACUGCCCUCUCCCAUGCGCUCGAGGACGGGUGGUUCAGCUCGCGCGUCUACUCGAACGCUCUGGGCAGUAACCUCGUGCGUCUGUUCUUCGGCCACUACGACAAGAACCCCGAGUUGUGGGAGCGCGACGACUCACCGGUCAAGCACCUCAUCCCUGAGAUGAAGCGCCUCCGUGGGCUCGGCCGUGACCUCAGGCUCAAGAUGGUCGACGGCGUCAUGACGAGCCAGCUGGGAGGACCACACGGGCCGUUCCCGUUCGCCGACGCGGACGCGUACUACACGUACGCCGGUAGCCACCAGCUGAUCCACAACAUCCAAGUCCCCACACUCGGCAUCAACGCCAUGGACGACCCCGUGGUGCACGGCGACGCGCUGCCGAUGAAGGAGGUCGAGGGCGGCAGCCACGUGCACCUGGCGGUUACAGGCGGUGGUGGCCACCUGGGCUGGUUCGACGGGCCCUGGGGCUCCACCGACCGGUGGGUGCGUACGCCCAUUGCCGAGUUCUUGACGGCUGCGGCGCGUGACCUGCCGCCUGGCCCUAGCGUCAAGGUGGCCGACAAGGACGCGGACGGGUGGUUCUGGGUCGAGGGCGACCCUGUGCCGUCGCAGACGGGUGCUGACCCCGCCCGCGUCGGCUGGAAGGUGCUCGCAGAGGGCAUCACGCCGCCGGACCUCACGGACAAGAAGCGGAAGAGGUCGAUGAGCCAGAGCCUGGCGCAGGGCUUGUAGCCAGACCACAGAGCUGCCGGAAAAGGCUACUCGCCGGAGUAUUCACCAUCUUGCAUCCAGCAUCUAGACGAUAGAUCAAUACUGUGUACAUGUAGAUUGUAGGCGUGGG